CAGGGCAGAGGAAGAAGUGGAAAUCUUUGGGUUUCUAAAGGAUGCGCCAUGUUUUCAAUCUCAUGUCACAUUCCACUUUCAUCUCGACUUGGACAAAGUUUGGGUUUGGUUCAGCAUUUGAUUUCUUUAGCAAUUUACCGAGGGAUAACAAGAGAAUUGGGUUAUGAGAAAUCAGAUUUACAUCUUAAAUGGCCGAAUGACAUUUACUGGGGACGAACUGUUAAGAUUGGUGGGAUUAUCGUCUCUUCCAGUUUGAUUGGAAAUGAUGUUCAUUGUGUUGCUCAUUGUGGUAUCAAUGUUAACAAUUCCCAUCCAACUCAACCAUUAAAUCAAUUGCUGGCUAAUUAUCCUGAAACGAAAAAUUUACCCCCAUUAACUAUUGAAGAAGUGAUCGCUAGAACAUUAAAUGAGCUUGAUUAUUUAAUCAAAGAGACGAGAGCUGGCAUUGAGAUGAUUAAGAAACUUUAUAUUCAACAUUGGUUGCACUCUGAUCAAAAGAUUCUUAUGGCUGAUAAUAAGGAAGUAAUCAUCAAGGGCAUCGAUGAUCAUGGUUUCAUGUUGGUUGAAGAUUCAACGGGGAAAAUUUUAACCGUUCAACCUGAUGGAAAUCGUUUUGAUAUGAUGCAAAAUUUGAUUGUUAAGAAGUGAAAUUAUUGCUCAAAAUCAAUUGACGAUUGUUUUUUUCAUCGGAUAUUUUAUUUUUUUUCUUCUGCUUCCUGUGGUCUUUUAAUGUCCCUCUAAUUAUUAUUCAGUGGUUGCAUUGAUAUAUAUUUAUUUUUGGAUUAAAUCACUUUUUGGUUAUCAAUGAAAAAUUGAUUACUACCCAAUUGUAA